UACAUAGAACUUACUCUUACUGCUUUGUUCAUCUCUCUAAAUGAAAUUACAAGCUAAGUCAAUUAGAUUAAAAGGAAGAAAAGCACAUCCAUAUAAAGGUAGAUAUGUCUCUCGUUGUUGAUGAUGACAAGGAAAACUCGUUUCUGGUUCACGUGGAGCCCUUUCUUCCACUCGAUGUGUUCGUCAGCUUCAGAGGGGAAGACAUCCGCACCAACUUCACCAGCCACCUCUAUUCCCCGCUCUCAAGAAACGGCAUCAAGGCAUACAUGGACGACGAAGGCCUCGAGAAGGGUCGCGAUGUCUGGCCAUCGCUGUCCCAAGCAAUCGAGGACUCCCAUGUUGCCAUAGUAGUGUUCUCCAAGAACUACGCGUCUUCCAGAUGGUGCUUGGAAGAGCUUGUGAAAGUACUCGAAUGCCGGAAAAAAGAUGGGACAGUAGUGAUACCUGUGUUUUACGAGGUCGAUCCGGCGGAGAUUCGAAAUCAGAGAGGAGUGUACGGGGAAGCCAUUGCAGAACAUGAAAGAGGAUUGUUGGGUGAUAAAAGUGUGGAAGAAGUGAAGAAGAUAGUGUCCGCUUGGAAGGAUGCUCUCAUGGAAGCGGCAAACAUAUCGGGGCGGGACACUCGUAGUCGCGAGUACAAUUUCGCCGUUUGUGCUAAAUUCAAUAACAUCUGUCAUCUUGUAUUUGAUCAUUCCUUUGCAAGGAACGAGUCACAAGUCAUCGAUCAUAUUGUUGAAGAUGUAUUGAAAAAGUUGGAAUUAAGGUUUCCUAAUGAGCUACAAGUUAACCUUGUUGGAAUUGACAAAAGUUGCAAAGAUGUGUCAUUAUUGCUAUCAAAAAGUAAAAGCAAAAAUGUGCAUGUAAUUGGAAUUUGGGGCAUGGGCGGAAUAGGCAAAACAACCGUUGCAAAGGCUCUACAACAAACAUUCAUUAGGAGGAGGCUUAGUAAUAAAAAAGCUUUAGUUGUACUUGAUGAUGUGGAUGAUUCAGAGCAACUAGAACAAUUGUGUAGAGAAUGUAGCUAUGCUGGUCCAGAAAGUAAAGUGAUUAUAACAACAAGAAAUAAGCAUUUGCUUAGGGGAAUAGUUGAUGAGGAUGAUAUAUAUGAGGUCAAGACAUUGAGCUUUGGGAGAUCUCUAGAGCUUUUUUGCUUGAGUGCCUUCAAAGAUUGGGUUCCCAAAAAAGGAUAUGAAGAUCUCUCUCAGAGAGCAGUUGAUUAUGCAGGGGGUGUUCCAUUAGCUUUAAAAGUAUUGGGCUCAAAUCUCCGUGACACAAGUAUUGAAUUUUGGGAUAGCGAAUUGAAUAAACUCAAGGACUAUCCCUACGAUGGAAUUCAAAAGGUGUUACGUGUGAGCUAUGAUGGACUAGAUAUUCUAGAGCAGAAGAUAUUUUUGGACAUUGCGUUCUUUUUCAAAGAUGAGAACAAAUAUUUUGUGGAAAAGAUACUAAAUGCUAGUGGUUUAUUUGCUGUUAGUGGAAUAAAAGUCCUUACAAAUAAAGCUCUCAUAACUAUUUCAAAGGACAAGAAGAUACAGAUGCAUGAUUUAAUAGGAGAUAUGGGCUUGAAUAUUGUUCGUCAAGGCAUUAAAGAUCCUGGAAAACGUAGUCGAUUGAAGGAUAUUGAAGAAGUUUCAGAUGUGCUUGAAUAUAAAAGGAAGGGAAGUGAUGCAGUUGAAGGUAUAAAAUUAGAUUUGUCUCAAAUUGAUGAUCUACACUUGAACUCUAAAGCAUUCAGCAUGAUGAGUGAUCUAAGAUAUCUAAAAUUGUAUGCUCCCUCUGGCAAGACUUUGGGUAACAUGGUGUAUCCGGAAGUCCUUAAUGAAUUUUCAGGUAAGCUGAGCUACCUUGAAUGGCAUGGAUAUGGUUUGAAGUCUCCACCGGAAAAUUUGUUUACUCAGAGGCUUGUUGAGAUUUGUAUGCCGCACAGCCACAUUACCAAACUUUGGCAUGGGGUGAAGGUAAAAGAUAUUUUCCGCAAACUUAAUCAAUGUAUGCUUAUAAGUUUGCUUUAUGAAAGAUUAUUUUUAUUUAUGUGGCAGAAUCUUGUGAGUUUAGAGAGAAUUGAUCUAAGUGAAUGCAAAGAGUUGGCGAAUCUCCCGGAUUUGUCCAAGGCAUCAAAACUUAAAUCGCUUAACCUUUCUGGUUGUGAGAGCUUGGCAGAGCUUCAUUCAUCUAUUUGGUCUCUUCACGCUCUUGAAAUUCUAGCACUGGAUGGAUGCAGAAAACUCACUAGUUUGAGAAGUGAGAAGCACUUGAAAUCUCUCAAGACGAUCAGUGUUAACGGCUGCACAAGUCUGAGAGAAUUUUCCGUGUCCUCUCGUGUGAUGGAAUUUCUAGAUCUGAGAAAUGCUGGAAUAGAAGAAUUGCACCAAUCAAUUCAGCGCUCAAGCAAGCUUAAAUCGCUCUACCUUGAUAGUUUGAUACUUAUUGAGAAUCUUCCAAAUGAGUUAUCACUCCUUAAGAAUCUUUCAGAGCUGAGAAUUUCUAAUUGCAGACAACUAGUACUCAACAAAGAGCAACUGCAUACCUUAUUCAACGGCUUAAGGUGUGUGCACUUACUGUAUUUGAAGGAUUGUGAUAAAUUGUCUGAACUCCCUAACAACAUUGGGUGCUUGGAAUAUCUGUGUGACCUAAGAUUAGAUGGAAGUGCUGUAAAGACAUUGCCUAUAACCGUCAAGGAUCUAAUCAAUCUGGAAAUUUUGUCGCUGAGAAACUGUAAGAACCUUAAGUACCUACCUACUCUUCCGACACUUAUCAAAGAGCUUUAUGUGAUUAACUGCGAGUCCUUGGUGACUGAAGAAAAUCUCAUGCCCUAAUCUAUUCAAGCUGUGAUGUUGAUGGUUUGAUGAAUCAGAAGGGAUUAAGAGAGGGAGAGAGAUAGGUUCUUCUCAUUGUUGGAGAGAAUGAAAAAUUUCCCUUAGAAAAUAUUUGUUGAGUUAUUACACUUUAUAUACUAUGUACCUUUUCCUUUUUUUUAUGUACUCUCACUAAAAAAUA